AUGUCUGGUCCUAAGCCUUUCAGGCCUCCUUCAAAUACGAGCACUGCUGAUUCUGUUGAGGCUUCUGGCACAGCUAAUCCUGGUGAACCAGUUACGUCUGCUAAUACUAAUAGAACUCAUACAGCUACUAACAUGAAUGCACAUUUGAGUAGGCCUGUACCUACUAGACCUUGGUUGCAGCAGUCCUAUGGAAGUACGUAUGGUUCAUUAUAUGGGGUGGAAUGUAUGGUGGUGGUGGCGUAUAUAAUAGAGGAGUUUAUGGUGGUGGUGGUCUCUAUGGAAGUUCAGGUAUGCAUGGUGGUGGUGGGAUGUACAACAGAAGUUUUGGGGGUGGUUAACUGGUUAUGGUAUGGGAAUGGGAUGGGGAUGAGUCCUUAUGGUGGUCAAGAUCCAAAAGAACCUUUUAAUCAACCUCCUUCUCCACCAGGCUUCUGGAUAUCUUUUCUCCGUGUGGAAUUGUUCAUCCCCUUCAUGUUUGUAAUGUUUAAGAAACCAAAGAAGUUAAUAAGUUUGUAA